UUCGUGCGACUAUCGUGACAGUUUCACAGCUCUGGUGGAUUCAAGACACCGGAGCAGCCGGAGCAGCGUCCGUGUUUUUCGCGUCUUUUCUCGGGGAGGUUGUUGGUUGUUGGACGGGACAGCCGGAGCAUCGACUGAGGUCCCCGGUGUAUCCCAGCGAUGCUGCCCUGCCUGCGGAGAGUCCUGCGGCCCGCCCUCUCUCUGAGAGCCGGGACAGGGUUGGCCAAAGCCGGACUCGGCAACCACCAAGCUUCUCAGCCUCCUCCCUCCAUGCUGGUGGUGCAGCGGUGUCACCUGGGCACACACCCUCUGAAGGAGCCCGUAGAGCCCCUCAACUCUCCCCGGGGAGCCAAGGAGUUCAUCUACACUCUCCAUCCCACUGAGAGGACCUGUCUGCUGCGAGAACUGCACAAGUUCGAGUCCAUAGCCAUAGCUCAAGGGCAGCUGGAAGUUGCACCACCUACUUCAGCAGAGUUAAGAUACGUUCUGCUGCACAAUGCAAUCCCAUUCGUUGGAUUUGGAUUCCUGGACAACUGCAUCAUGAUUGUUGCUGGCACACAUAUUGAGUUAUCCAUCGGCGUGGUCCUCGGGAUUUCAACUAUGGCUGCUGCUGCCCUCGGCAACCUGGUGUCUGAUCUGGCAGGACUAGGGCUGGCAGGUUACGUGGAGGCCUUGGCGUAUCGGCUGGGAAUGCAGAUUCCUGACUUAAGCCCAAAACAGGCUGACAUGUGGCAGACCAGAGUCAGCUCUCACGCAGGCAAAGCCAUUGGUGUUGGCAUCGGCUGUAUCCUCGGCAUGUUUCCUCUUUUUUUCAUCAAGGACGAUGAUGAGAAGAAAGAAGGCCAGAUGGAGGACAAGGAGAAAACACAACCACCACCUGCUCCAACAGAGAGCAGCGAAAACUGAAACUUUCAUCCCGUCAGACACAAAGUCUAUUUGGAGUCAAUUAGAAUACCUUAAACUGGAACUGAUUGGGUUGUCUGGUGGACUGGAGUGUAUGGAAAUGUUACUGAACCUGUUACAAUCUAGUCAUCGUCUGGUGGCCCAGUCAAACUAUCAAAGGUAUUCUGAAGAGGAUUUUAAAUAUUAUUUGAUUGUAGACUUUGAACUUAAGCACAGGGACCUGACCGUCUCUUGAAGUGACAAGAAAUGGUUGACUCAUUCGACUGCUGCUACUCCAACUAUUGCACCGUAACCUCACUUUGUCUUGACUGAGUAACACGAGCUGAAACUCAUUUAUCUAAAACACACUGCAGUGGCCUCUUUCUCUCCUCUGCUCCGAAGUUUGUAGAAUAUAUAAAUGUCUGACUCCAGAUGGUUAGAUGGGAGCAGGUAAGGGUAAUAAACAGUCUGAGGUCUCUCUUAAAUAACAACAAACUUAAGUACCAAUGCAAGAGAAAAAAAAACAGUCAGAAAAUCCUGGUAAUUAAUGGAGGACGACUGAACAAAGAGGCAAUCUAAAAGCUUGAUUCAUCAGUGUUAAACUAAUUCUUUUUUUUUGUUUUGAGGGGUGAGCCAAGGAAAGAUGGUCACUUUUGCAUAUUAAGAAGCACCCUUCCACAUCGAGUACAUUACCCUUAAGAUUUACGAGCACGUCGCUUUUUGAUGAUGUCAAAGUCUUAAAAAGUCCCACUUAGUCUUAUUCACAUUUCAUGACAACCAGUCAGCCGCUGUUGGUGAUAAUGCAGGCUGUUAAAUAUGUAACACCUGCUAGCUGCUUCUUUACUUCUUUAGAUUUUUAUGUUUGUUUGUUUUUUGUUGGUGAGUUCACUUAGAAUAAUAUGCUGCGUGAUGAUCAGCCAAAGUGGUAUCAUGCCCCCAAUGUCUCCCAUGUAUACUGGAUGUAACCAGGUAUGCACAGUUUAAGAAAUCUAAUGUUUUAAAGAGAAGUUUGUUACUUUUUACUGAAGUAUUGAGCAGGAAGGAGAGAAUUACAGAGAGGUAAAGUAAAGAAGAGGGAGGAAGGAGCUGUGGGUCAUAGUUAAGCAACAGCAACACUGAGAGACCUGAGACCAGGACUCUAGUCCAGUUUCUGUUAUGGAGCCUUACUUACAACUACAGCCAAGUGGAUGGUUUCAAUUUGACUUGUUACCUAUUGUUUCCAUUCUGUAAAAAAAACAUGUUACAGCUUUUUAACACUAACACACUACUACAUUUUUCUCCUAUAACCAUUUGUAUAUUAUAUUGCCUCUGCUCUACUGCCCUCUGCUGGCUGAUAUUCAGAGGAAGUUGCAAGUUUCUUUCAGUGUAAAUCAUCAGCCAUCUACUUUUACUUUUUAGUAUUCAAACCCCCCUUUAUCACUGUAAUUAUUGUUCUUAACCAUUUUUCUUAUUUAAUUUUUUUUAAAACAAAGUAAUCUGCAGCAUAAGUCAACCAUUAAACAUGAAGGCCAGGUCUAUCCACCCAUCCAGUCCAUUUAAGUCUUAAUUCAGCCGUCACUGAUUUCCUAAUUUGUCUUUUGAAGAGUUUUUCUCAUCUCAUCAGCAGAACUGAGGACUGUUGUUUAUGCCGUUGAAACUGUUUAGAAGUUGAAAUGAAAAUAAGCAGCCGUGUGUCACUGAAUGGAAUUUUUUGCAGAAAAUGUAUUUAUUUUUGUUAUGAUAUACAGAUUUGUUCAUGUAUGUUCUCACUGUUUAUUCUCUUUAUCUCCAAGGACAGUAAAACAUAUUUGUGAGCACCAAAACACCUUUUUCCAACAGGAAUGACUUUGCAACCGAUCGCUCUGUUACAGCCUAUGACUAAACUUAUACUAAACAUGCGCUGAAGACUUACCCUGUAUGAGGUUGUUCUAAUUAUUUAUUAUUUGGGUAACAGUGAUAACAAUGAAGGAAAUAAUUGAACAUAUUUAUGUAGUUAGGAUUUUUGAUCUGAUUGCUUGAUUUCCACCUUGCAUGCACUGCUAAUAAAAC